AUGGGCAAGUCGUCCAAGGACAAGCGCGACGCCUACUACCGGCUCGCCAAGGAGCAGGGCUGGCGCGCGCGCAGCGCGUUCAAGCUCCUGCAACUCGACGAGGAAUUCGACCUCUUCUCGGGCGUCACGCGCGUCGUGGACCUGUGCGCCGCGCCGGGCAGCUGGUCGCAGGUGCUGUCGCGCGUGCUCAUCAAGGGGGAGCGGUUUGGGCGCGCGGCGUGGCGGGAUCGCGACGCGGAGCUGCGAAGGCGGAUGCUCGCCGUGUUUCCCGACGCCAAGGUCGACGCUGCGGCCGGUGAUGAUGCAGCAGACGCGGUAGCAGCUGCGACGACGACUGCGAAGCCCGACGGUCCAGCGCAGCCGCGCCCCGGCGUCAAGAUCGUGGCCAUCGACCUGCAGCCCAUCUCGCCCCUCGCCGGCAUCACGACCCUCCGCGCCGACAUCACCCACCCGGCGACGGUGCCGCUGCUCCUGCGCGCCCUCGACCCGAGCCCCGAGCCCGACGGCCCGGACGGCAACAACAACAGCGGCAGCAACACCAACAACAAUAGCGGUGACAAUGGCGGCAAGGCGUCGCACCCCGUGGACCUGGUCAUCAGCGACGGGGCGCCCGACGUGACGGGCCUGCACGACCUCGACAUCUACGUGCAGUCGCAGCUGCUCUUCGCGGCGCUCAACCUCGCGCUGUGCGUGCUCAAGCCCGGGGGCAAGUUCGUCGCCAAGAUCUUCCGCGGGCGCAACGUCGACGUGCUCUACGCCCAGCUCAAGGUCUUCUUCGACAGGGUCGUCGUCGCCAAGCCCCGCAGCAGCCGCGCCAGCAGCGUCGAGGCCUUCAUCGUCUGCCUCAACUUUCGCCCGCCCGCCGGCUUCCGCGCCAGCCUCGAGGAGCCCCUCGGCGUGGGGCGCCGCCUCGACGCCAUGGCCAGGGAGAGGGAGAUGCAGCUCCCCGUCGUGGCGGCGGCCGUCAUGCAGGACCCGGCGAGGGGGACGUGGGACGCCGCCCCGGUUGGGGAUGCUGCGACGGUGGCCGCGGUGGCCGCGCAGAGUGCUACGGGCGCCGACGGCGUGGUUGAGAUUGAAGCCUACGACGACAUGGACGACAACGAGGCCCCAAGCGGCAUCUCGCGGAGCACAAGAUGGAUUGCGCCGUUUAUUGCUUGCGGCGAUCUAUCGGCGUUUGACUCGGACGCCUCGUACCAACUCCCAGAGGACUACGUCUCGUUGGACCCCGUCCAGCCUCCCAUCGCCCCGCCGUACAAACGCGCCGUCGAAAUGAGGGCGGCGCAAUCCAAGGCGUCGAGGUGA